CUGCAACUGGAAGAAAGAGAUCAACGGGGAAAUGCAUUCUUUAAGAAAGCAACUGAAAAUGUGUUGCUUCCUGAAAAACACUUCCUCCUUUCUUGAUAAUAAUAAUAAUUUUAAAAAGAGAAGUAAUAGAGACAGAGGGAGCCGGCUAGCGCCCUGGGCUCGGGCUUUGUUCGCAGCUGCAACUCGCGCGCUUCUGUGCGCGCUCCCGGGACUAGAGCCGCUAACGGGAGUGGGCGGACGAUCACGGAGCUCCGGGCGGGCGGAGAGAAGCGGCGUGCGAUGGCUGAGAGGAAGGGGGCGAGAGACCGCCUGGUUUAAACCAUCCUAAGCGGGCUUACCCCUCUCCCCGGUCCGAGUGACAGUAAGGACAGCGGCUGAUAUGGCAGGGGCAGCGGCGGCGGCUGCGGCCGCCCAAUAGGCGGGGCGGGGCGGCGGCUGUCGGUGGAUUACCCGGUCGGAACUCGCGGCCGCGGCUCCUCACCUUUCCUCUUCCCACACCCCUCCCCUCACCCACCCCCACCCCUCCCUCCCUCCCCGGUGUUUAUGCUGAAGCCUGUGGUGAUGGGAGGGAAGCAGAGCACGGCAGCCCGCUCCAGGACGGCUUUCCCCGGCGUGUCGACGGACGACAGCGCUGUGCACGCUGCUCACUACGGCCACUACCGGAGCGGCGUCAACACCAUGGGGCUGAGGACUCGCUCGGUGAGCAGCGUGGCCGGCAUGGAACCGGCACAUCCUUUCGGGCUGUACGGCAGCGGAGCGCGGCCAGGAGGCGGCGGAAGCGGUGGUAGUCGAGCGGGCGACGGAGGCGAACAAGGCGGCGGUACCGCAGGUGGAGGCGGCGGCGGCGGAGGCGUCGGCGGCAGCGGCGGCCCGGCCGCUGGGCCCGACCCGGCUGGCAACGGUUACCAGGAGACGGGAGGAGGGCCGGGCGCCCGCGAGCUGCAGCUCUAUCUGGGGUCGCGUGCGGCGGCGCUGUCCGACUCGCUGCCGCUGCACUUGGCGCCGCGCUGGUUCAGCGCGCACAGCGGUUUCAAGUGCCCAAUAUGUUCAAAAUCAGUAGCUUCCGACGAGAUGGAGAUGCACUUUAUAAUGUGUCUCAGCAAACCACGACUCUCCUAUAAUGAUGAUGUGCUGAGUAAAGAUGCUGGGGAAUGUGUAAUCUGUUUGGAGGAACUUCUGCAAGGAGACACGAUAGCUCGACUUCCUUGUCUGUGUAUCUACCACAAAAGCUGUAUAGACUCGUGGUUUGAAGUGAACAGAUCAUGCCCAGAACACCCUUCCGACUGACCUCUCCUGGCCUGCAGCUGCUUACAGCCUUCUGUUAAAGAGUGCUUUGCUCACUUUGGCUAAACCCUUACCUGGAGGUUAAGAAUCUGAAACAGUCGGUUUACCCCAAAACUGAAAAUUCCAGCAUCCAGUUUUGAACAGCAGAAAAAAAAGCACCAAACAGACUUUCUACAUCCCAAACCAGGAUUAAAAAAAGGGAUGAAUGUGAAGAUCAACAGGUAGUAGAGUGAUCAUGUCAGCCCCAGAACAAUGUUACGGCUGUCAACUGAUUCCAUUAGAGAAAUGCCUGUACGGAAUAUAAAGAGGAAAAGGACUAGCCAAACAGAGCAUGAUUGCUUUUUGGAUUUUAGAAAGCUGUGCAAAAGACAUGUCUCUGGGAUAUUACUCCAAGAUGGCAACCACAAGAGGGUUACAAAUGCAGAGGAGAGUAGAAUUUAACAUGUGUUGACCAAGUUCUGAAAAUGCCAGAAUGUAAAGCAUUGAGUGUCUGUGGGCUUGUAGUUGUGUCCAUGAUGUGUUUACACAGUGUCCAGUGUAGUCAGCGUGUUCUUGCUGAUGUGUGUACAGACACAGGCACUCUCCUGGUUUUCUUCCAUCCCACUUUGUGACAGACGAUGCCAAAAUUUAUCCAAAAAAAACAGACCUUGCUCUGUUCCACAAGGAUCUGUUCCUUGUCAACGGUUUUCAACAAGAAAGUCUCUCUGCACUAAUAUUGAACAUGGACUCUCUCUCCUUUAGCUCUGCGACUUUGUGCUAUAGAAUAGCACAGGCAUCCUAAAACAGUUAAAAUCUUUCUUUCACCCUAAAGCCCUUGUGGAAUUUUUAUGGCUUCAGUUUCUCUACGGUCUAGUGAAUCAGUCCUGCUGUUAAAGAAAUCAAUUUUACUUCAGUUUGACAUGUAGCCUGAAUGUUCAGGCUGGUAUAUUAAUAACAGACAGGGAAAGAUGUCCUCUUUUUGUUUGUUGAGGUGUUUUGAUAUGGUGUACCAUCACAAUAUUCAAUAAACUGAUGAUUGAGCAUUUAUAUUAAUUUGUGGCAGACAAACCUAAACUGAAUAAAGAGUUCACUUUCCUAAUUUUUAGUUUUGCCAGAAGCAACCUCACACAUGAGAUAAAAAGCAUGGUGUAAUUUUUUUUUUAUAACUUUGUUUGAAUAGGCUUCAAGUAAGUCUCAGGAAAUGUAAUAGCCCUGCAGGCGGCCCAGAUGUGGGUAGUUUUCCAUUUUAUUUAGGGACUACAUUGACAUUGGACAGCCAGUUUAUAGCAACAAGGGCUCUGGGAUGUUUGAUCAGAGCUACAGAGUGUUGCUGCUAUUUGCCUGAUGUGUUUACAAGGUUUGCAAGUUGACAGGAGUAACUGGCAGCAGGACUCACGAUGCCGUGCUCUGUGAUCAGGCAGAACCCGAGCAGAGCCUGUAUGCUGACCUCGACAAACCUAUAUUUACUAGGUAGAGUUAAUCAUUUUAUCAGGGAGUUGAUCCUUGCUGCAGCAUUUACUACUAAAUGAAAUGGUAAUUUUUCUAAAAACUAGUGUUUAUUGUUGACGAACCCUCAGACAAAUGAGAUCAGAGAUGAAAUUUUGCAAGAAAGGAAGCAAUUGGAUUUGUAGAAGGAAAUUGAGGACCAUGCACACCAGCAUUUCUAUUAAGAAUGGUGUUUGCCAGCUGAUUUUGGAAUCACAAUAUAAAGUUGCACUAGUGUUCAAAAAAAAACCAUUUGAAUCUAUGCUGCUAGCAGUUUUGGGUACUUUAAGUCACUGCAUGAUGAGCAGAGAGUUUGAGUGUAAGAUAUAUUACUGCAAGAAAAUUGUGCUUUUCCCAGAAAUGUGAGUAGACCCAGCAUUUCCUGGAACUGUGUACAGUCAUUGUGAAAUUAAUGUUUUGAUGUGGUGGGUUACGGGCUUUCCCAUUUGUACGGCGAAUGACUUGCAUAGCAGGAUGGUAUUGCUGCUGUUUUUACUGUGUGUUUUGUUCUCACCUCAGCUUUACAUUAUCCCUCUACUUCUGUAAAGGUUUCACUGUGUUUUCUGUUUAUUUGAAUGACUUGACCAGAUGUCACCCUGGUAAAGUCUCCAUAUAGGGAGUGAUUAUGCAUACCAAAUAAAGAUGUUCAGUUAGGGUGGAGAGUGCCAGUGAAGCAGGAACCUACAUUUUUGAUUUUAAAAUGUUGCACAAUACACAGCACAUUUAUAAUGACUUAAAGUAAUGCACUUUUUUGUUUUUUGUGUAUUAUACUUUGUUUUAGUUUACUGGAUGCUUUUGCACUGCUUAAAUCUGAUAUAGAAUCUCACCUGAGUGGUCCUGUUUUUCAAGGUGAGCAUUUUGAAAAGUAAAUCAGAAUCUAAAUCUAUAGACUUACUUUUGAAUGCCUCGUGUAAUUAUUACUACUCUGAUUUAUGCAGUCACAGUGCCUUGAGUUCAAACAGUUUGGUGCUCUCAUUGAGCCAACUAGUUUCCAGCCUUUUCUUGGUAUUAAUUAAGGCCUGUCUUUUAUAUUUUUUGUUGAACCUGAGGGUGAUUAGUGUAUUUGGCCCUGCUAUCUAUUUUAUUUUCAAUUCUCAACUCAUUAGUCAUUUCAAAAAUUGAGACCUCUCACUUUAAAUGUGUGAAGGAGAAAAUAAAGCAAAAAGACAUGAUUAACACUUCAUCAUUUAUUUUCACCCACAAAACUUCUUUACAGUUUCUCCUCUGAAGGUGCAUUGUGGUCCCUUGAUGAAUAUGAACAUAUUUUUGUUUCAGCAGUACACUGCGGUUAGUUGCAUUGUCUGUACUGUACGGAGUUUAACUGCACUAGUGGACUUGACUGCUUUUAUCAUCCAUGUGGGUACCACUGCAUGGCUCAGUUGAACACAGUUAAAAAUAAAUCUCUUUUAGAGAAUCAGAUCAAUUGAUCGAUUUUACUGUUUCUAUGUAAAUAUAUAUUUUACUGGAAAUUAAAAAGAAAACAACGCUGAAAACAUUUUGAAAUGAAAAACUUAUUUGGCAAUCCUCCUAAGAAAUUGGUGGGUUUAAUGCAAUUAGUGAAUGAUUGUAUUAUAAAGAAAUUAUUGUAAAACCCCAGAAAUGUUUUUAUCACCAAGUUGUUCUAGUUAGAAUAGUUAUAAGAAAGGGUAGUUGAGAUAUUAGGCUGCAGAAUAUAGGCCAGACCCAUCAUUUCUCAUGUGACACCCUUUGUGAAUCUUAUUGAGCAGAAACUGGUCACUUCCCCUCAGAAAGGAGAUGGCGUUCAGCAGGUAAACCAUCACAGACCGUUGGAUUCAGAUGGUGCAAUUGCUGCUUUGGUAAUGACACUUGGCACUUUUGCCUGCCUCAAAAGGUGAGGAUAAAGCAGCUACUUAUGGGAAAAGAGAUGCUGUACAUACAUAAUUGAAAUGCAUCACUGACAUUCAUUCACCAAAAGAAUAUUUUUAAAUUCUAUAUUUGUCUCACAAUGAACUUAUAGAGGUUACAAAUGAAUUUUGUGAUCUCUUCUGAUAUUUGAAAAUUAAAGAUGUUAUAGUUGUUGACAUGCAAGGCAAUAAGAUUCUGAUUGCAAUGAUGAUAUCUAUCAAAAUUGCUUAAACUUUUGUGUUGAAAUAGACUCUCUUCUGAUGUCAUCAUCUCCAAUUGAGCCACUGUGUGCCUACUUUAAAAAAAUUACUAAUAGAUAGUUACCGAACGAUGGCUUUGAAAGAACAAUGAGCAGCUAAACAUUACCCAACAGCAGGCUAUUUCUAAACAUUAUAAAGCUAAAAGUUUUUAAUUAAUUUUCAAAUUCGUAUUUCCAAUUCCGUUAUUUUCCUGACUAUGACCAAUAUAGUGAGACAUGAUUUAUAAUUCAAAACUUAACUGCAUCUGUUCCCACUAUUUCUGCACAUUCUUUUCCUAACAGGUUCACUUUCCUGCAGUUUUUGAUUGGGUGGGAUAGGGAGGGACAGGGUGCCUUUUCUCAGUAGAGCUCCAGUUUUCAGGAGAAGUGGAGUUUCUGAGUUUAUUCCCACAUGGCUUGGCUCUACAUUUAAGAUCUCUUAUGAUUCUACUUGCUCCUGAUUCCCCACUCUUGGGAAGGAAGAAAAAGAGAUUGAGUAAUGAUCCAUAUGUAUUGAUAAAACAAUGUCCUAAACUCACAAGAAUGCAUAUCAAAUUUCUGCGAUUAGACUUUAACCCCUUAAAUCCAGUACCAUUUUCAUGAACUGCCAUUGCACUCCUUCUGAAGCUAUUAGAUCCUUCCUGAAACAGGUCAAAAAGUGAACAAUGUAUGCUAGCUGAGUAGAAUCCAACUCUCCCCAAACCCCACCUUUGACUGACCUGCUAGCCUUUAAAAUUAGUCUACUUGGACUCCCAAGUCUUUGUUUUACUAUGGUUUCUUGAAGUGUAGAAGAUAUUGUACUUUGUCUAUCUUAGAUUGAAGGUAGACUUGUCUACAUUAAAUUCUACUUAUCAUAGUUAUACCCACUCAUUUAAACCAUCAACUAUCUUCUGCUUAUCUUGCUGCCUCUCCCAUUUUAUGUCAUCCAGAUAAUUCUUGUAUCUCCCGCAUUGAAGUAAUAAUGCAAAAUUGGAGCCCUGACCAAAUUCUGGAACUUCAAAAAUGGAGUGGGUACUCUGGGGAAUAUCUCUCAUCACAUCUGUCAAUCACAUUAUCUAUCUUUUAUUUCCAUUACCUUUCAACCAAUUUCUAGCCAAAGUUAAAGGCUCACAUUUGUGGAGCUCAUGUAUCCAGCCUGAUGAUAAGCAGGCAGACUUAAAUAUUCUGAUAUCUCUUCUAUGCUUCAGUUCCAAACCCAAUGGCAUAGCUCCUAACACAAGAGAAGUUUAAAAGUUAAUGGCCAAGUUCUUAUAUAAUUUCCUCUUCUACUCUCUGAGGUUGGAAGCCACCAGAUCAUGGAGAUUUAUUUAUUCUUGUUACUUGCUUGUUAUUCUUGUUUAAUUAAAUCCAAUAUGUUCCUCAUAUUCAACCAUUGAAAUAUUUUAUUCUUCUUCCUUUACUGUGAAAAUGAAUACUAACCACUCACUCAAUAAAAUUGUCAUUAAUGUGAUAUCUAUUAUAUUUUUGUGCCUCUGUCUUUACUGGACCAACAUCUUUAGAAACUGUACUCUUAAUAUUGAUGGAAUUGAUUGGAAGUUUUUUUUGCAGUUUGUAAAAUUUUCUUUUAAUUGUUUUAACAAUUUAAUUAAUAAUUUCCACAAUGCAACAGUGAAAUCAUGAAUCAUACAACUAAAAGCAACCUCAGCCUCUUUCGCUACCCCCACCCCACCAUUCUGCUCAGCAAAAUGUUCUCUGUUUUCAGAUAUUGUGCCCAGUAGGGAAAAUUGAAGGGUGGUUACCUCUAACUGGCUUUUUUAACAAGGGCAAAGAGAAAACCCAGUGGCUAUAGUGAGUACUUGUGGGAGUUUGUCAGAUAAAUCCAAAUCAUCUUUAUGAUCUCAUAUGAUGCCCCACUACAUAUUAUCUGGUCAAGAUGCAUGUAGGGGAGGUGGGAAAAGUAGAUGUGUUACAAGGCUUAACCAAGCAGAAUCACAAAAUGAAUUACAAAUGUAGUAUAUGCUGCUUCCUUUCCUGUACAAUCAUCUGUGUGACUCGGGUGUUGCCUUAUUCAAAGAGUUGUCUUUAUGUUGUUAUGUAAAGAUGGAGCUCAUAUAGCGGAUCAGUGGGAAUGACCCAAGGUGAUUGUCUGCAUCUGAUUAUAAUGUAAACCCUAGCUUCUUUUCAGACUAAUGCAUAAAUUUAAAAAAUGGCAUGGCUCCUUGGACCUUAAAGCAGUAUUUGAAAAGAAUAACAGCAUAGCUAAACAGAAGUGGACUUUUCAAAGAUGAAAUACUGCAUUGUUGAUGUGUGUCAUUUACUUUCAAGUCAAUUUUUUUUUAAAGACUUGAAUAAAAGGGGAUAAUCUUUCAGCUGUCUAGUGUGUUUUACACUAUGCACUGUAAGCAGGCUUUCACCAGGUUCCAAUGAGAGCAGAUGAGAUUUGUAUGUAAUGCAGUUUCUUGAAAAAAUGUUAAAUGUUUACAGGCAUAUGCUUUUUAUAUUUACUGAGUAGAAGUUGAUCCGAGAUUAACACCAAAAAAAGUGAACUUCAUUUUAAACAGACAAUAUCCUGUUUGUUGAUGUAUAGUAUGUAUUUCAGAAUUAUGGAAAAUAAAAUCUACACAU